AGUAAGGGUUGUGGUUGCGCAUAACUCACUAUAUAUAUGAAAGAAGAGAGCCUGUUUUUUUAUGAUCAAUUGGAUUAUAUAACCAUACUUAAACGACAAUGACCGAUAUCUACACUAUUCAGGAACUUACUUCGGACCAAAAGGACCAAAUCAAGGCUACUAUCCCUUACCUUGAGGCUAGUGGUGAAGCAGUGACUGCAACCUUCUACCAGAAAAUGUUACUGACCAACGCCGAUGUUAGACCAUUUUUCAACAAGGCCCAUCAAAUCACCAAACAACAACCCAAAAUCUUAGCAUUUGCGUUGCUCAACUAUGCCAAGAACAUAGACGACUUGACUCCAUUGACUGGGUUUGUCAAGCAAAUUGUCGUCAAGCACACUGGUCUUCAAGUUAAGGCUGAACAUUACCCAAUUGUCGGAGAAAACUUGCUUGCAACCAUGUUGGAACUUUUGGGCCCCGAAGUGGCCACACCCAAGCUCUUGGACGCAUGGGCCGUUGCUUACGGUAAUCUUGCUAAGAUCCUCAUUGACGCCGAAAAGGAAAUUUAUCAAAAGAAUGACUGGGACGGAUUCAAAGACUUUGAAGUGUCGAAGAUUGUGUCAGAGUGCGAAGAUGUUAAAUCCGUGUACUUGAAACCAACCGAUCCAGCUUUAAAGAUCCAAAUUCCUACCAGAGGUCAAUAUUUGGGGAUCCGUUGGAAAGUCGGCGAAGAGGAAACUACCAGAGAAUAUUCUAUUUCUCAAUUCCCCACAUUGGAAGACAACCAAUACAGAAUAUCUGUCAAGAGAGAUCGUAAUGCAGGCGUUAUUUCAAAUUAUGUUCAUGAUGAAUUAAAAGUUGGCGAUACUGUACGUGUAUGCGCCCCAAACGGUAAUUUUGUAUACAAACAAGCAUCGACCGCGCCAGUGCUUUUGCUUGCAGGAGGCGUUGGUAUCACGCCACUUGUGUCCAUUGCAGAAGGUGCACUUGCCAACGGAAGAGAAGUUACAUUGCUUUACUCAAACACUACUAUUGAGUCUCGUCCAUUCACUCAAUGGCUUCAAGACUUGAAGGAUACCUACCAGGAGAAAUUCACAUUGAAGGAGUACAUCUCCAAGAAAACUACAACCGAAAAGGUGAUCAACGGUGGAGAAAUAUUUUACAACCGUUUGACCAGUGGUGACAUUCCAGACACCACGAAAUAUGACACUUAUGUUCUUGGACCAAAUGGUUAUUUAGAUAUGGUAUUCCAAACAUUGGAAGAGCGUGGGGUGUCCAAGUCCGACGUCUCAACCGAAGCAUUUGGUGUCUAUAGACCAUAACUAGCCACCACAGCCUACAACUUACUAGGCAUGUCAAUGCAGGCAUUGUCCUAAUUAUGACCACCACCUUUUUUUUUUAUAGCCCCGUAAAAAUAUUUUUCUCAAACACAUUCGUAUAUAGAGGCUGAGAAUCGAUACUUUCAAACAA